UGGAUCUCAUCGAACAUGUUAUGGAGCAGCAGCAGCAACAGCAGCAAUAGUGAAGGGGAGUGACCCUUUUCCGUCUCUCUCUCUCUCUCUCUCUCUCUCUCUCUCUCUCUCUUCAGUGUACAUAGCCUCGCUAAUUCUUUCCAAUUGUAUAUUUUGUUCUUCUUCCAUUGAUUUCCCCACAUGCACACUACACCUAUUCAAUCUGUAAAUCUAUUGUACAUAUGUUUUUGAUUUUCUUUCGUGCAGCUCUUUCCCCCUCUUUCUGGUAUAUAUUUGAUUUUUUUAGUUAUACAAUUUGUUUAUGAUAAACUAUAAUUUCCGAAAGAGUGUUAUUCUAGAGUUUAACCAUGAAAAUAGCUGGCCAUUGUUACACAAGAGAGGGCAAGAUCUUCCCCUCUAUCUUUCUCGUAGCUCCUCAGCAUACAAUUACGCCACUUUCGGAACAAGGAGACCCGUAUCACUGCUCUUUAAGGAGGGUUGCUGCUGUUGUUUCUAUCAAAGAAGGAGGCCGACAUUGGUAUCAUCGGCGGCGCCUUUGCCUGAGAGCAGUGGUGACAAUUGCCAUAAUGUUGUCAAGGACCACCACCACAAGAAACAGCAUACCGUGCCUACUGGUGCAGAAGAAGAAGAAGAAGAACACCGACGCGCUAUCCGGGUCGUAUUACGACUUACACCGUACGGAAUGACUGACCUCGUCCACUGCCACAGCCAAAACCAUCCGUUUACGCAUUGGAGUGGACAUGCCAUUAUGCGAUUUGUGCAUCCCGAUCACGUACAACGACUUUGCGCAGGGCUUUGCGAAGCUUCCAAAACUGGAAUGGCGAUUUCAAUACCAGAUAUCCCAUGUUGCAUUAAUCCCUCUAUAUUAUCCUACUCAACAACGACGACAUGUUCUUCGUUGCAGCAGCAAGAACAAGAGCCUUCUUACGACACGCUUAUCCACUUGACUGUCCACGAAGCACAUACCGUUUAUAUAUGUGUCCUGUACCAUUACCCCCAACGAGACAAUAUGCUUUCUUCACCUUCCUCCGAUAAUGGUACCAAUAACAGUAGCAACAACCAGCAAGAACAACAACGACAUCAGCCAGUACAUAGUAGGUUGGCACAUGAAGCCAUGGUAGCAAGUUAUGUACUUCUCCAAAUGGUGAUGCAUUAUAGUCAUUAUCUCGUCCCUGUAAAGCUUCUGUUACAUAAUGUCUUGGUCAUGUUUUUACGUAAAAAGAAAAAUCGUUGAUCAAAGUUUUCUCUUACAUUGGGUGGGAAAUUACAUGUUGUAUUUUGAGGUACCUUGGUACAACGUUUCGUAACAUGUAUGCUCUGACACAGCGACUACGCCAUUUUUAGUGCCGGGUCAAAAGGAAACCUCUCUAUGAGUCAUCUUAUGUUCCUC